ACCCCGUAUUUUUUUAAUGGAGUUUUAUUAAAUUUUAUUUUGUGAUUCUGGGGUAAAUUGUAAUAAUUUGGAAGUUUUGGGGAGUACAAGGUGAUAGUCGAAAUAAGUGAGGACUAAAUUGAAAUUUUUCAGAUAUUUUGAUGAACAGUGAUCAUUCAAUGAAAAGAAAAACGGGGAAGAAGAAGAAAAGAAAAGAGAGAAAAAGGAAGAAAGAAAAGAGAGAAGAGAGAAAGAAGAAGAAGAGAAGGAGAGGAAGAAGGAAAGAAAGAAAAGAAAAAGAUGGGAGAGAAAGAUGAAACCAAGAAUAGAGGGAGAGAGGAGAUAGGAGACCGACGGAGGUGGCUGCAAAAGGGGCCGCCGGCGAGCAAAACUCCGGUGAUCGGAGAGUGGAGGAAGAUCGAGCAAAUGGGAGGUUUUAUAGUUUUCUCACAUGGCACGUCUCGAUCACCUGAGUCUCAUGGGUGCGCCCGGAGCCUAUGGGAUAAGGGGGGUCGGGACGGGUCGUGUCAACCAUCUUUGGGCAAUCUAAAUUCUCUUGAAUACCUCUAAGUAUCUUCACAAUCUAUGCAACUUCUUCAGUUAAUGUAAUGAAUAAGAUGACAUAUGCAUCAUUUCUUUUGCGCAACCUUAUUUUUCUGGUGUUUUGCAGAUAUUUAUUUUUUAACAAGUUAUCAGGUGCAAUUCCUCACGAACUUGGAGAACUUUCCCAGCUCCAGAUAUUGUUUUUGGAUGAUAAUGAACUGAACGGUACACUUACAGAAGAAAUUGGAAAUUUGAGAAAUCUUCAAGUACUUUGGGUGACAUCCAACUAUUUAACUGGGAAAGUGCCUGAAGUUUGGAGGCGUUCGGGGUAGGUGGGAAUAAUAUGAGUGGGCCCAUUCCCCCCUUCAUCGCGAACUGGACCAAUCUAAGUAGACUGUAAGCUGUAUUAUAUGCAUUUCUUAAUUAAUUAGUAUUGGUACAUGUAAUUCUAGAGUUCGUCAAUGAUACCUAAGUUUUAUAAGAAGCCGUUAAAACUAAUUGUCUAUGUGCAUUUUCAUCUUUUUAUAAUAAUUAAAAGAGUUAAAAGAUAUCGUUCCUGAAGUUUGAUGUAACAUUUCAA